AUGAGGAGAUUCGCAAAGCUUGGUGAUCGCAUCAAGAUUGUUGCCCAUCGGCACCAUGCCGACAAGACAGGCGCAUCCAGCAGCGCGCCCAGUCAAGGGGAGCCUGAUCAUGGCGGCGCUGUCGAGCAAGGGCAUGCCUCCUCCGGCCAUGCUCCGACGCAAGCGAACCGCCCCUCGGAGACCUCCACCCCCGAAUCCAAUACAGUGGAAGGAAUCGACGGAAAUGAGCCGACCGUUGAGGUGGCCACGGUGACGGCGGAACCCCGCACCACUGCUCCGACGACGAUUCCGCCAAUCUCAGAGCUCUGGGACGAGGCGUACGACGAACUGAAAUGUCGUAAUACUGAGUUGGUUGAAGAGUAUGAGGCUCUGAUUACAGGCUCUACAGACGCGAGCGCUCGGGACGAACGACACCGAAAGAUAUGGAAGUUCAAGUUCAUGGAUCACCAGUUCAUGGUCAAGGAUUUCGUCGCGCCAGUGAUAAGCAUCGUUGCGAUGGCAAAGGACUAUGUCGGCGAGGCUGUAGAGCCCUCUCCCGCGGCGUCGAUUGCGUGGACUGGUGUGUGCUUGCUACUGCCUCCAUCGGUCAACUAUAACGAGGCCCGCAAAAAAACAUGGCAGCCAGACCACCGCAUGGCUGGUAGAGGAGAGCACAGAAUUUGCAGACUGGAAGAGCAGGGCCAACUCUCUUCUGUGGAUUCAUGGCAAAGCUCGUCCGUUAUUUCCCAUAUCCAAGAUGCCUGCAAAGACGACCCGCACAAGGCACUGGCCUACUUCUAUUUCAGCUUCGCCAAUGAGAAAAAGCAGACCAGAGGCGGCAUGCUCCGGUCCUUGAUCCGGCAGCUCUGCGGCAGCCGGCCGGACAUACCCGAACAGCUGCGAGAGCUCCGGCGGCUGCGCGACAUGAACCACGAGCCUGAUGAAGGGGAGCUCGAAGAGGCCCUUCGGGCGACGUCGCAGGGCUUUUCGGAAGUGUUUCUCGUCAUCGACGCUCUCGACGAGUGUCCGACCACGGGAGACGAGCGGCGCGGGCUCCUGAAACUGCUCUGCCGGGUGCACGGGUGGGGGCUGCCCAGUCUUCAUCUGUUCAUCACUUGCCGGUUUGAGCGGAACAUCUCGCAAACCUUGGCGCCGCUGUUCUGUCAGCUGUCGGCCGUCAUAAUUCCCCUGGACCAGCGUCCACAGGAGGUCAACAAUGAUAUCAAGACCGUCAUCGAGGCGGAACUUGCUUCGUCGACGUUUGAGUCUUGGCCACAGGAGACGAAGGACAAAGCUAGGGCAACUCUGGUGGAAAAGGCCGACGGGAUGUCACCCUUUUCGAGCCUCUUUCUCUCCCAUUUCUCUGUCAAGGAGGACCUGAUGUCUGAGCGCCUCAAGAACGGCCCGGCUGCCGAGUUCGCACUUGGGAACAUGACGGUCCACCGCCUGGUCGUCGAAUCUGCUCUUGCAUACAUGUUAUGCGCCAGCACGGAUAUAUUCCGCGUAAAGACAGACUAUGGAAUCGAUUCGUGGAGCAUCUUAUUCCCUUUGUGGAAUCUUGCCACCUCAACGGGUUGUCAAGCCCUCAAAAUUGCGCUGUCUGAACACGGGGCCCAGGGCCUCGAAACUCUGGUAAAACAGGUUUUCGCACCCGGGAGCCGCGCGCUCGUCUGCCUCGCCGAAGACCGCGGUUGGGGAGCGGAGGUAAACACGGUAUUUGAGAGCUACGCGGGUGGCACAGCCUUGAAUGCCGCCUGUGCGAACGGCUUCACAUCCAUGGUCAAGCUGCUCCUUGAGAGUGGAGCCGAUCCGUACCUUGUCAGCAUCGACAUCCCCUGCGCAUUAAUCGUUGCCACGCAGUUUCCGAAUGAGGAUAUUUUUGAGCUUCUUCUGCAAGACCCCCGAGCAAUGGAAUACUGCAGGGCCAACGACCUGUUCCCGCUAAACUCCUUAUGCAGAGAGGUACAUGAUACUACAAUAGAUCAUGGUACCUUUCUGGAGGGGUUCAGACCAGUCGUCAAGCUCCUAAUCGAGCACGGAGCCAACAUCAAUGGGCGCGAUAAAUAUGGCUUGACGCCCCUGUAUUGGGUCGCCAGAUGCUUGAUCUACCUGGACAGUAGGGUGUCGCCGGGGCCUAGAUCACUAUCAUUAUGUGGCCACUUGCAGUUCUUAAUCGACCAGGGAGCCGAAGUCAACGCCUGGUGCGGCGAAUUCGGAAACGCGCUGCAGUGCGCGGCAGCGAGCGGGUUCGGCGAGGGCAUGAAGCUCCUACUGCUCAGCGGUGCUGAGGUCGACCUGCCGGGGGAGGAGUGGGAUGCAUUUCUCAAGGAUGUUUACCCAACGUACAUCAUUUAUGUCGGAAAUUACGAGCCUGCAAAUGCCUGGCCACGCGAAGAGGAGGGUUGGAUCCACCGGCUCUGGGCUCUCCAAAUAGUCUUUGGCAUGGAGAGCCACAAGCAAAGCAGGGACGAGGGCGAUGACGAGGUUGUACGAGUCACCAACGGCCUGGAAUACUGGAGAGCGCUCGUCAACUACGUCAAAACCGGGGACGCGGAACUGGCCUGCCGUGGGAAGUGGUUGGUUGGCCGAUGCCCGACAUGA